CUUGGUAAGCUUCUACUCACACCCAGACCACAGUCGCAAGACGGCACGUAUAUAACGCCAUGACUUCAUCCUAAUACUCCAGUACAACCUCACCUACGUCUACCAGCCGCUCCCCAGCCUGUGUAUGUCCUAUACGAUGUCUACCAAGCUGAGCCGCGCUUCAUACACCGUCGCCCUCGUCGGCGCGACCGGCGGCCUUGGCAAGGAGGUCGCCAACGUCUUCCUCACCUCCUACAAGCCCUUCUUCUCGCGCGUCGUCGUCACAGCGCGAGACAUCACUACCGCGGACGCCAAAGCUCUGGCCGAGAAGGGGUCUGAGCUCGUCCAGAUCAACCCCGUCGACCCCGUCGCGUCUUUGGGCAGAGCGUUCGAAGGCGUCGACGCCGUUGUUAGCCUUGUUGGCAAGGCGCCGACUGAAUUCAGGGAUGCUGUCGGAGAGGCCGCGAUCAAGAGUGGUGCGAAGGUGUACUUCCCUACGGAAUAUGGCUCUGACCACCGUAUCAACGACUUCCCCGGAUGGGAUGACCCUGACUGGUUGUUCAAAGGACAGCACGCUCGCAAGUACCGCCAGCUCGGAGCCAGCAAGACGAAAGUUGUUUCACUGUACAAUGGGCUUUUCCUGGAGAUCCUCAUCGGGCCGUGGCUCGGCUUCGACACCGCCAACCUGACCUACACCUCCGUCGGCUCGCCCGACGCGAAGACCGCCACCACCGCGAAGGCGGACAUCGGGCGCGCUCUUGCGGAGCUCACGCUCCUCUCGCUGAACCCCGAGACGGCCGCGAGCGUCCCGGACGACGUGCACAUCGCGGGCAGCAACGUGAGCUACCGGCAGGUCCGCGACGUCGUGCAGAAGAUCCGCGACGAGCUUGGCGUGGAGCCGAAGGGGGAGAUCAAGGUCCAGGGCACGGAUUUGGCUGCGUUCAGGGAGAAGCUGCGGAAGGAGCAGCUCGAGAAGCCGAAGAGCGGGCCUAUCGACCAUAUCAAGAUCCUCAUCGGUGAGGGGAAGAUGGACUUCUCGCAGAAUGACGACGAGCUGGUUAACCCUGGCGAAAGCAUCUGGAAGUGGAAGACUGUCGAGGACAUCGUUCGCGAGAAAGACGGCAAGGUGUAAACUGUCACCAUGAUCCUCUCGCAGAACAAAGCAGUGUGUACGAGUAUUGAACAGGAAUUUGAAAGAAUACAUUGA